ACUGGUGACCCCUAGAGUGAAUUUGAACAUUUUUAAAUCUGCUGAAUCAGGAAACAACUCGCCACGCGGCGCGGGCCUAUUUGCCGCGUGGCUACAGGCUAGCGGGGGAGCGCACACGCGAUUUUAGUCGCCUUAAAAGGUUAAUUUGUGUUUUUUUUAAGUGAUAAUAGUGACAGUGAAAGAUGCCGGGUAAUACACCACCCCCACCACCACCACCACCAGUGGAACCUUUAGCAGUAAUUUCGAUAUCUAAUCGGAUCGCAAACUUUUGGACUGAUCAGCCACGAGCCUGGUUUGUACAUGCGGAAUCAACACUGUUACCUCAAAAUACUAGUGAUGAAGUGAAAUAUAAUGUCAUACUAUCAAAAUUGGAUAAGGAAACUAUCACUCAAAUUACCGAUCUUAUUAGUUCACCUCCUGCAACCGGAAAAUAUACGGCCUUGAAGAACCGGCUAUUACAAAUAUACGAAGAAUCAGAAAGUAGACAAUUGCAAAAGUUAAUUGGCGAAAUGGAGCUCGGCGAUCAAAAGCCGAGCCACCUACUGAGACGUAUGAGGCAGUUAGCUAAAGAUAAAGUGCCUGAUACCACGCUGAUGAUUUUGUGGCAAAACCUUUUGCCAUCCUGGGUCAGAGGAGUGUUGACGGUGGUGGAAGAGAAGGAUCUUAGCAAGCUAGCCGAGUUGGCGGACAAGAUGUUGGAGACCUCGCGGGCGGCACAGGUAGAGUCGGUGGGAGCUUCCACGUCUACCGCGCCACCUUUGUCGUCAGAUGCGGCCAUGAUAGUGGCAGAAAUAGCCAAACUUAACAUCCGGAUGACAGAUUUGGAGAGGUCCAGGCCACGGUUCAGACAUCAAGGCGGGCGAGGGCGCCGAGAUUUCAGGGGAAGAAGCGGCUCACGCAGAUCAAACAGUAGGCGAAGAAAUGAGAACAAUCCUAACUGGCUCUGUCAUUUCCACUUCCGCUAUAGGGAGCGAGCCACCAGGUGUGAGGAACCCUGCGCCUGGAAGAAACAGGGAAACUAGAGGGGGUACAGUCAGAGGCGGAUGUCUGUACCAUUCAGCCAUCUAACCGCCUUUGUGUGAAGGACAGGCGGCGCGGAAUUCGUUUUUUAGUGGACACGGGUGCAAACAUAUCAGUGUUACCAAAAACUUUUAAGUGUGAUAAUAACGUGUCGGACUAUAAAUUAUACGCAGCUAAUGGCACUGAGAUCAAAACUUUUGGCAUUAAAACGUUAAACAUCGAUCUUAAUUUACGAAGAGAUUUUAAGUGGAACUUUGUAGUAGCAUCAGUGAACCAACCCAUUUUAGGAGCGGACUUUUUGACUCAUUUCGGACUUUUAGUUGACUUACGUGCAAAAAAACUUAUCGAUGGAGCGACUAAAUUAGAGGCUAUUGCUUCGCUUGUACAAAGCAGUGCAGUGACGGUUAAAACAGUGGACGAUAAGCAUCCAUACAGUGAACUUUUAUCUCAGUACCCAGACAUUACCAAGCCGAUUUCAUUCCGCGAUAGUGCAAAUCACACAGUGUUUCACCAUAUCGAAACACACGGACCCCCUGUGCAAGCUCGCGCACGCCCUUUACCUCCGGAUCGUUACAAGAAGGCGAAAGCUGAAUUCCAGACUAUGGUGGAAUUGGGUAUCUGUCGCCCAUCCAAGAGCGCCUGGGCGAGCCCUCUCCAUGUGGUCCCGAAGAAAAACGGCGACAUCAGACCGUGUGGAGACUAUCGAGCCUUGAAUGCCAUCACCAAGCCAGAUAGGUAUCCAAUACCACGUCUGCAUGACUUCACAUACAUUUUGGCUGGUAAGAAAUAUUUUUCUAGAAUUGAUGUUAAUAGAGCCUACCAUUACAUUCCGGUUGCUCCAGAAGAUGUAGAGAAAACGGCUAUCAUAACGCCGUUUGGCCUAUUUGAGUUUCCUCGGAUGUGUUUCGGGCUUAGGAAUGCAGCGCAGACCUUCCAGAGA